GCCAGAUUGGCACCACCACCAUCAUCUAACCUCGUCUCGUCGUCCUCCAGCCAUGAGCAGCCGCAAUUGAAACCACAGCAUGGGCCGCGGCAAAGCAGACGAAGCAGCCAUUACCGUGCUACGGCUCGCAGCUGCGGGCAGGCGGCCCGGCGCUGCGAGGAGGGCCGUGACGCUCGGCCGUCAGCACCACCACCCACAACCGCGACGCCUAAGCGGCACGACCCUCCUCGGCCGCCGACAGCAGCAGCAGCAGUGUUGCCUCGCAUCCGAUCGCACAAGGCGCUUGGUACAAUCCCUGGGAGCGUCCUCCUCCUGUGUCGAGCGGCGAGCGGGCUUCGCCACCGCAGCUCGCAAUGACGAGGGCGGCAAGAGCAUCGCUGUCGUCGGCGGCGGCCUCACCGGCCUCACCACGGCCUACUACCUCGCCAAGCAGCUGCCCGCGUCGGCCCGCAUCACUCUCUACGAGGGAAGCGACCGUCUGGGCGGCUGGAUCCGGACCGACCGCGUCGAUGUCGACGUCGACGGCACGCGCGGCACCGUCGGCUUCGAGAGGGGCCCCCGGACGCUGUCGUCGCUGCACCUGAGCACCUGGCGCUUUGACGACCUGGUGCUCUACGAUCUGGCCCUCGACCUCGGCCUCAAGAUCGAGACGCCGCCCGACAAGCCGCGCUACGUCUUCUACCCGGACCACCUCGUCACGCUGCCCCCCGCCGCCAGCAUCGCCGAGUUUGUGCGCGAGCCGCUCUUCCUCGAGUCCUUUUGGGCCGGGCUGGGCUUCCUUCUGCGCCGCUUGACUCGCUCCCGCAGCCGCGCCGUGCCGCUCAAGGACAUGUCCAUCUCGGAGUGGCUGCGCGACAUCAGCAUGAGCCGCACCGUGGGCGACAACAUCGCCUCCGCCAUGGUGCACGGCAUCUACGGCGGCGACAUCGACCUCCUCAGCGCGCGGAGCGUCUUCGACCGCCUCUACUGGGGCUACUACCUGCCCAACAUGGGGCCCGGCGUGCGCCAGAUGACGGCCCGCGAGGAGGUGCUCAUGAGCUCCUUUGCCCGCGACCCGCAGGUCCGGAGCAUGGCCCUCAAGCCCAAGGGCUCGCUGCUGCACUUUGGCGGCGCCGGCAUGGAGAGCCUGCCGCUGGCCCUGGCCGACGCGCUCGAGGCGCAGCCCAACGUCGAGAUCAGGAAGGGGAGUCCCGUGAGCAGCAUCUCGUAUGACGAGGGGGCGCACAAGGUCGAGAUUACUACGGCAAGGGACCAGCAGCAGCAGCAGCAGCAGCAACACACGAGCCCCGUCGCCUUCGACAGGGUCAUCUCCACGAUAUCGUCGCAGGACCUCGCGCGCGUGACGGGCGACAAGCUCCCCAUCCUCGCCGACACGCACUCCGUCUCCAUCUGGACCGUCAACGUCUGGUACCCGCAGCAGGACCUCAAGCCGCCCGGCUUCGGGUACCUGAUCCCGAGGUCGGUGCCGCGCGAGCACAACCCGGAGCGCGCGCUCGGCGUCUUCUUCGACUCGGACGUGGGCGCGGCGACGCGCUCGGACGAGCCCCCCGGCACCAAGCUCUUCGUGCUCCUCGGCGGGCACUACUACGACUCGGGCCCGCCGCCGCCCGAGACCGAGGCCGACGCCAUCUCCCAGGCCAAGGCCCUGCUCGAGCGCCACCUCGACAUCCCCGCCUCGACGCCGUGCUUCGCCAUGGCGCGCUUCGCCAAGGAGUGCAUCCCCCAGCACUUUGUCGGCCACCACGACCGCAUGAUGCAGGCCGACCAGGAGCUGCGCGACGCCUUUGCCGGCCGCCUCGCCGUCGCCGGCGGCUCCUACAGCAAGAUUGGCGCCAUGGGCGCCCUGCGCGCCGGCUAUGACGUCGCCACCCAGACGACGGGGGCGGCGGCGGCGGCGGCGGAGGGGUCUUCGGCGGGCAGCGAGGAGGCCGGCUGGUUCACCACGGGGCUUGAGCACCUCGAGUUCCCGGAGCCGUUUGUCGGCGUCCCCAUUGCCAGAAUCCCCGUGCGCAGGUUCAAGCAGCUGCAGUGAGCCCCGGCGGUGACCCGAGCUUAGGUAUUUACAGCUGCACAUCACACCCCCCCCUUCGGAUACUAGUCACUGGUCCUGGACAAGAAGAAGGGCGAAAAAAGACUAAAAGGUGGUGGAAUGAAUGUUGAACCACCGGGCCGGGACAUGCAUGCAUGCAUGCAUAGCCCUAGCCAGGCAGGGAGUCAAAUCAGCCCAAGCAUGCAUGGGCUUGAGGAAAAUGUAACAGUAGAGACAUAUAUAGAUACGUAGAUGAAGGAGCACUGCCUGCCUGCCUGCCUGCCCUGGGGCGGGACGAAAAACCACC